AUGUCAUCAAACACGAUCUCUCUCAAAACCUCAGACGGCGCCAUUUCCGAAGCCUCGCCAACUCUCACCAAGAACAUGAAAACUGUUCAAACCAUCAUCGGUGAAGCCGAUGCUGACGUUUCCAUCAUUCCUCUCCUCAACGUUUCCUCCAGCCACAUCAACAAGAUCAUUGAAUACCAAACUCUCUCAGACGAUGGCAAAGAGAAAGAAUUUUCCGUCGAGGAACUGAAUAACGAUGAGGUGAAGGAGUUUCUUCUUGCAGUGCAUUACUUGAAUAUGGAGAGUCUUUUUGAGCUUCUGACUGGGGUUGUUGCUGAUCGGAUUAAGAACAAGAACGUUGGUUAUGUGAGAGAGUAUUUCGGUGUUGAGAAUGAUUUUACGCCCAAGGAAGAGGCUGAAGUUCGUCAAAGGAAUAGUUGGACUUUUAAAGGCGACGAAGUCGAACCUGAUGAAUGA